AUGGCUUCGCUUCUGAAAACACAAAAGGCAAAUGCUGCCAAGGUCGAUGCAAAGGGGAAGGGGAAACGAAAGGCGGAGGAGUUCGUGGACGCAGACGAGGAGAUCCAGGCUCCCGCGCCGAAGAAGAUGAAGAACAAGCAACGGGUCCUGCUGCUGUCCUCGCGGGGCAUAACACACCGCAUGCGGCAUCUCAUGAACGACAUUGAAACCCUCCUGCCGCACGUCAAGAAAGACUCAAAACUUGACUCUAAGAACCACCUGCAGCUCCUUCCCGAACUUGCAGACCUCAACAACUGCAACAACACGCUCUACUUCGAGGCGCGCCGGCACGAGGACCUCUACCUCUGGGCAGCGAAGACACCGAACGGGCCGAGCAUCAAAAUGCACGUCCAGAACGUGCACACAAUGGACGAGCUAAAGAUGACGGGCAACUGCUUGAAGGGGAGCAGGGGUAUCGUCAGCUUUGACAAAGCGUUUGAUGAGAGCGAGUGGGGGAGGUUGACGAAGGAGGUGUUCACGCAUAUUUUCGGCGUGCCUCCACAAGCGCGGAAAGCAAAACCGUUCAUUGACCAUAUCCUGACCUUCUCCAUGCUCGACGACAAGAUCUGGUUCCGUAAUUUCCAGAUCAUCGAGAAAGACCCGCUACAACCUAACGGCCCUCCUCAAAUGUCAAUGAUCGAGAUCGGCCCCCGCUUCGUGCUCACGCCCAUCCGGAUAUUCGAGGGCGCGUUCGGCGGAGCAACGGUAUAUUCCAAUCCAGAAUUCAUCUCACCGUCUGCCGUGCGAUCCGCACUCAAGCGGGAGAAGGGCGACAAGUAUGGCAAGCGGAAGACGGCAGAGGUCGAAAGGACGGAGAGGAAGGAGAUGCGGAAGCGGGAGGAGGACGAGCUUGCUGUAUCAAAGGUCUUUGCAUAG